AUGUCAGAUAUUGAAUCUGAAGAAACUUCACAGACUGAAAAUUUGCUAGAAGUUAAUGAUGUGUUAGAAAAAGAUAAUUUUCAAACUGAAGAUUCCCAAACUAAUUUAAAAAAACACAAGCAACAUCAUAAAACAAAUAAACAACCUGCACUGUGCUGGAAAUAUUUUAAAGUAGAAGAAGAAGAAUCAAGCAAUACAAAAGGUUCCCAGCAAACUAUCACUAGUAUACUACAAUGUGUUGUUCUUCACAAAGGAAUUAAAAAGCUUAAUAUUUGUCAUGCUGUUGCAGAAUGGCUUUUAAUGCUAUACUCUUAUACUGGUCAUGCUAUUAAAGAAUUUCUUAUCAAUAAAGCCCAAGAAUUUAAUUUACAAAAUAAAAUUCUUUGUAUUGUUACUGAUAAUGGUAAUAACAUAGUAAGGGCUAUAAGAAAUUGGGAGAGUGUAGAAAGAUUGUCAUGCACAGCCCAUAUCUUACAAUUAUCAAUUAAUCAUGCAUUUAAGCCACAGUGUCAACAAAUUAUCCAUAUACAAAAUUUGAAAAAAAUGUUUUGUAAUAACUCAAAUUCAUCUGAUGAAUCUGAAAAUAAUAGUAAUUUUGAAGAUGAGAAGGGUAAUGAAAUAAUAGCCAAUAAUCAAAUAACUAUUAAUAAGUUAAUUGAGCUGCACCCUGCAAUCAGACAGCUUUCAGUGACAUUGCCUCUUGAUGAUGAUCCAGAUGCACAAAAAGAUGGUCAAAAAUUAAACAAAUUGAUACUGCAAGAUAAUGAAUGGGAUUUUGUUAAAAGAUUGAUUGAAAUAUUAGAACUUUUCAACAGUGCUACUGAAUAUUUUAGUGCUGAGCGAUAUUGUAUUAUAGUGUAUAUUCAUUUAUUAAUGAAGGCAAUAAAGGUUUAUUAUGCAAAAAAUAUAGAUCCUAAUGAAUAUGACUAUAAUAAUGCUGAAGGUCUCCAAAAAACAUCCAAUUAUGAUUUGGAGUCUGAUUCUUCAGAUAAUAAAAAUGAAAGUAAUAUAUCCUUUGAUACUCAAGAAAAUCAGUCUGAAAAUGACCCUGAAUUAAUUGAUUACCCAUCACAAAUUUGCCUUCUUGUAACAUUAUUAGACCCUUGGCUAAAAGAAAUGACUUUUGCAAAUGAAGAAACUCGUAAUAAUACUAUUAAUGAAUGUGAUCUUAUAUUCAGUAAUGCUCAAAGAUCACAAGAAUUUACAGAUGAAUUAGAUUUUUAUCUUGACUUUAGACAGACACCAUUAGCCUUUUCUGAUGCAGAUUCUCUCUUAUAG